CGGCUGGCUUAACCGCGGAUGAACGAAUGGUGGCUCACUUGACCGCAGUCAGGUGUGCGCCCCAUCGGUGUGCCCCUUGUUAACCAGCGAUGUUAUAAUCUCUGUGUUCUGGCGCCACCUGGCGUUCGUCGCAACAACAACAACAACAACAACAACAGCGCCUCUCACCCCGGUGACGGUAGAGGGGGCUGCACAGAAAACAUGGAGGUAUUCUGACUACGCCUGCUGGUCAUCCAGGGCUGGGAUCCCGUGAUAUUACCCUGUUUCAGCCUAUCGCAGUCCUGGAUUUAGCACAGCGUUAGCCCGGACUAAGUUAUCCCGGAAUAACAGCACGCAUGUGCCGCCAACCCGGAUGCAGUUACAGCCCACGGCGCUGUGCACCCGAGUUAUCGCAUUGUGAGACAUUCAUAUUUGAGAUUAUGAGCCGCAUAUCGCUUUUUAAGGGGUUCACCCAUGCAGGCUGCACAAAUGUGACGCUUAAGUUUGCAAUUCUGUCUAAAAACUUUUAUGAAAUCCCUCGGAGGAUCCCAGACCCGACCUGUGUUUACUGAUCGGACCUCUUCAUGUGCAGCAGUGUCUGGGUGAGAUCCAGCACCCACUGAGAGAAGAUGGACUUCCGCAACAGGAGGCACGAGCGGGGCAGCAACUGGACGGACCCGGAGAUCGUGGAGCUGCUGCAGCUGUGGUCGGACGAGGCGGUGCAGGUGGAGCUGGAGAGCUCCCUGCGGAACCAGCGUGUCUUCGACCGCAUCGCCAACGUGCUGCUGGAGAAGGGCAUCUACCGCUCGGGCGACCAGUGCCGCGAGAAGAUCAAGAAGAUGAAGCUGGAGUACCGCCGCAUCAAGGACAACCUGAAGAUGAGGUCCUGGAGGUUCUACGACGUCAUGGACCGGGUGUUGGCCAACCGGCCGUCGGUGACCUACUCGUCCCUGGGGGGGUCCGUGGUGGCCCAGCAGGUGUUUCAGAUCCCCCCCGGGGCUGAGUCAUACCUGCACGCGGCCCAGGAGGCGAGCUCCUUCGCGCCUGUGACCUCGGGGGGCUUCCUGUUCGGGCAGCCCACCGGGUCGGGCGACCUGCUGGACGUUAAAUGCGAGGACGUGGAGGACGGGGGAGGGCUGGACUCGGGUGGGGCUCCGUCCGUACCGGCGUACGAGAUAUCUGGGGACGAGCCGGAGACGGAGCACUCCGGACUGGACCCCGAACGAGGGCAGGAAGCAGAGGGAGGGUUGGAGCUGGGCCACGGAGACGUCUCGGCCACGGCGGCGGUCUCCCCCUCAGGGUUCAGUGACCUCCGCAUGGCCGGCUCCCCGCCCAGCGCCAAGCCCAGCGCCGGGGGCUCCGUCGCGGAGGGUUCCGGCCCGGCCAGGCCCGCCCCCGGGAGGCAGAGGAAGCGACGCCGGGCGGGUAAAGGCUCCUCCUCCUCGUCGUUCUGUGGGCGCGGCGGGGCGGCGGCGGCGGCGGCGGCGGACCAGGCCAUGGCGGCGUCCACGGGCCUCGACCGUGCCCUGGCCAGCUUCCUCAACUGGCAGCGGGCCGCGGAGGAGCGCCUCCUGUCCCUGGAGGAGGCGCGCCUGGACCGCGAGGAGCAGGCGGAGGAGCGGCGGGAGCGUCAGGAGGAACGGAGGGGCGAGCUGGAGCGGCAGCACGAGCUCCGCCUGCUGGGCGUGUUCGCCGGCGCCCUGGCCGCCGUUAAAGAUGGGGGCGUGACCCCCGCCUCCACCCCUACGGCUCCGCCCCAACCCGGCCCCCCCACGCCCGCUCAAACCGCCCCCACAGCCGCACACAAGGAGAGCACAGCCGUCACCUCCGCCCUCGCUCAGAGCCCCUCCCUGACCACGAGCGCCACGCCCCCAACCUCUUCUUCCUCUGUCGCCUCGGCCUCAUCAUCAUCAUCGUCGGUGUCCAAGGCUUCUUCUGAGACUCCUCCCGCUGGCUCACAACCCCCUACAGAGAGCCCCCUCUCCGGGGCCGCCCUGCCAGGCCCAGGGACCCCCGAGGGCCCACAGUCGGGUCCCCCCGGCCUGGAGGCCCCGGGCCCCAGCCCCUACCUGUCCAAGCGGGGGAACAGCGUCCGAGGACACCAGGGGAUUCUGCAGGAGGGCUUCGCCCGCUACAACGCAGACAGGCACCACCAGCAGCACAACCCCGAUGGUUUCAUCAAUCUGGGAACCAGCGAAAACAAAUUAUGCUUUGAUCUUCUCCACAGUCGGUUGACUCAGCCGGACAUGUUGCACAUUGACCCGCCUCUUCUGCAGUACCCUGACUGGAAGGGCCACGGCUUUCUUAGGAGGGCGGUGGCAGACUUCCUGUCCCACUACUGCGGUUCCAGGUGCCCUCUCGACCCAGAUAAUGUGAUAGUGAUGAACGGCUGUGGGUCGCUCUUCUCAGCCAUUGCGGCGGUAAUAUGUGACCCUGAAGAGGCCAUACUCAUCCCCACUCCAUUCUACGGGGUGAUCACUGAGGACGUGGGCUUGUACAGCGGGGUGAAACUCUUCCACGUUCCCCUUGACUGUGAGGCCAGUGGAGACGGCACACGUCCAUUCCACCUCACCGUGGAGAAACUGGAGGACGGUCUACAAAGAGCAAAGGAACAGGGUGUGAUGGUCCGAGGGGUCAUCCUGGUGAACCCCCACAACCCUUUGGCAGACAUCUACACCCCCCAGGAGAUGGCUGGCUUCCUGGAGUUUGCCAAAAGAUAUGAGCUGCAUGCUAUCGUGGACGAGGUGUACAUGCUGACCAUCUUCCAGGAGAAGGUCUCUUUCCAGAGUGUUCUGGGAAUGGACAGUUUGCCCGAUCCGCAAAGAACACACGUGCUAUGGGGCUUCAGCAAGGACUUUGCCAUGGCGGGGAUCAGAGUGGGCACCCUGUACACGGAGAACACGGACCUGAUGGAGGCCCUGAGCCAGCUGGCCAACCUCCACGGGGUCCCCGGCUCCACCCAGCACCAGAUGGCUCAGCUGCUCCAGGACCGAGACUGGAUCAGUGAGGUGUUCCUGCCGGAGAACCAGCGCCGGCUGAAGACGAGCCAUGGCUACGUUGCGGCGGAGCUGUCCCGACUGGGCGUGCCCUACCUCCACCGGCCCGCCUGCUUCUACCUCUGGGCCGACCUCCGCAAGUACUUGGGGGAGGCCUCGUUCUCUGCGGAGCUGUCCCUGUGGAGGGUGUUCCUGAGGCACAAGGUGGUGCUGAGCUGCGGUCAGGCCUUCUCCUGCUCCACCCCCGGCUGGUUCCGCAUUGUUUUCGCUGACGAAAAGCACCCCCUGGAGCUCGGCAUGAGGAGGAUCGGCGAGGCGCUGAGAAAAGUGAAGGAACAACGCGGCGACAGCGACUUGAGCCUCAUCAAAGAGGCCAUUGACGUGACGAGGAGGUCGACAAAGACGGACGGCUUGCGCCCGGACACAACCGCCAUUGUCUGCGCUCGCACGGCGCCAUCGCCGGACAAACCGUCAGACCGGGCAAACGACGACAACAACGGCCCCGCCCCUGCUGGCACACCAUUGGACGCUGAGGAGUUUGUGGUGGUGGACUGCCAGUCGUCCAAGCCAACCGAAAGUCUGGACUCGCUGAUGGGCGUUCUGAGGCAGCAGAUCCGCUCCUCUGAUUGGCUGGAGAAGAAUACUCCAGAGCUGUGUGACGGGGAGGACCCAGGGGUGUUGGAAGUGUUCACGGAUCUGCUACGGAGGGUGAAGAAGUAGGGUGGGGACAGGGCCCGGCGGGAUGGACACCUGGCCUGCCCGCCUUUGUUUCUGAUUCAUGAUUCAAAACACGAGGGCGAAGUACAAAUCUCUCUGAGAAGAUGAUGAGAAAAAUGGUGAUUACUUUUUUUUAACUAUAUUUUAGAUGCCUUAUUUACUUAAAAAAUGAAAAUGCCAAAUGUGAAUUGACCAAACUUAGUUGUAUCUUGUACUCAUGAUUCCAUGAGUGUCGCUUUGUUAUGUUAUCUCGUGUGCACUUUAAUUACUAUCGAAGCUGUCGUCCUGCAAUAAAACCAGACAUUUACAGCCACA